UGUGUUGCAGCCUUUAACAUCCCUUGAUUCAUAGAGAGGAUCCGAUGCGUACGCGCGACCACGUGCGAUCCGCGAGGAUGAACGUUGAGAGCGUGCGCUGAUAAAUUGAACGGACACGUGUGCGGUGUGACACACGUUUGCGAGUUGUUAAUAUUUUGCGAGAGAACUUUCAGAGAGAUAUUAUUUUGUAGAACUUGUACUCUUGAGAGAGUGUCCGGUGCGCGGAGAAACAAAAACACUUGUUAGAGAGUGUCUAGUUAAACCCAACCAGAACAUUGCUCGGUUCACAUUUGCAGUGCGUCGAUCUGAGCGGAGCAAACGAGACAUCAUCGCGCACUUCGAAACGCAAACUCGAAGUGCAAUCUUGCCCGCAUUUUUCAAGAUCGGACACAAGCUAGCGAAGCAAUGGCGAUACCAUUCACUAGCGAGAGGUCACCGGAGGAACAGGUGCUUCUCGAUAUCUACUUGUGCAUUGAGAACGCCCUUCGCAGCAGGAGCGCACGACAUCCUUCGCGAAAUCAUCGGGCGCCACGACAACACGUGGGUAUACCGCAGCCAGUGGUGAUUUGGCUACCAUCCGGCAACGUUGAGGAACUAUCAAGCGUACCGUUACCAGAUCUGGUGCAAUCGACUAUGGAACAGCUGCCGCCACCGUCGCCCCAGGUUACAGCUUCCGUCCCUAGUAGCCCGAUGAGAGACGCGACCUUCCAGUUUCCCGAGUGCAGCGUCAACGGCAACAUUGUCCCGCUGCCGAGUCCGAGGCCGCUUCCACGAAGACGCCUUGCUUCGGAAGGCUCUUCCCUCAGAACUCUCCGAUCGGAGACACGUCAAAAUGAGGGAAACACCAGUAACACGUGCUGCUGUUAUCCGAGCCAGAACGAGAGGCAAUCGUGGACGAACAUGGGAACCAAUCUCAGGAACAUUGCUGGCGACUUCCAUGCGUGCAAAACCAAGGAUGCCGAAAGUGAGAAAUCGAGAUUGUCGGUGAACGGACGACGCCUGACCAAUGGUAACAGCAAUUCGACCACCGACAUGCUGUCGCUGCUGAUCCCUACGCCGUUGCGCGAGACUCUCUGGGCGACGGUGGCUCUGUACGUUGGCUGGAAACUGGUUUCUCGUCUACGAUAGACGUGCGCCGGUGCCGCCUGUCCGUCGUUCCGGAUAAUCCUGCGGGUAUGAUCGGCGAUCAUGCCUGUGCCUGAAACGAUGAAAUUGGAUGAAAAUGGAAACCAUUGUGAAUGGGGCGGUCCGCAAACGGACCGUCAGCAACUUCUUUUCCCGGAUAACCCGGAAAUUUCGGGAGCAGACGGAUCGUUCCGAGAGAAGAUGAAGAGCGGUCCACGACGUGUUACUCCAGAUCUCUUUGUGAUCGGACGAUGGAUUCGAUUGAGGUAGAGCGCGUCGAGAAGACGAAGUUUUUGCGAAACAAGAAAGCUUGUGUAUUUUUACAUAAUGUAUUAUACUGUAGUUUGCGUUUGCUGUGCGUGACUAUGCAAGAAUGCGCUUGACAAACUUCGAUCGGCUCUUGAGGGACCAUCCAAAUGAUAUUGAGGAAGAAGUGACGAUCCUUGCUUUUAACUUGCAUUUCUAAGUUUUUGAAGGUGACACACACACACACACGCGCGCGCGCGCGCGCACGCACACACACACGCACGCACACACAUUGAUUCCAAUAAUAAAAGUAAUCUUGCCGAUUUGAUCGGCGGUUUAUUUAUACAAUGAUAUAAAUUAAAAUUGACUUCUUAUGAUCAAUUAAUAAUUGCUAAUUUAUAACGAUUAAAUCGGAUUAUCGAUCAUCAGAUCAUAUGAUAAAUGAUAUUUACGGUGAUUAAUUUUACUAUUUACAAUCGAUAAUUAUAUUAUAGUUAAUUGAUUUUCUAUUUGCUAAUUGAUAAUGCGAUUGUGAUAUAUGACUAAAAAAAAUGAUGACUAUGAUGAGUAAUGGCAUGAGACAGCGUCGAAGUACAAGUGCAUUCUCGCGCGAUGCUGAAAUUAUUCUCAAAUUGUAGCGUGCCGAUAGUUCGCCCUGCGAUUCUAUAGACGAACUAUAUUUAGGAAAGAUAGCCCGGGCGAGAGAGAAAGAGAGAGAGAGAGAGAGAGAAAGUUAACCGAACUUGCGUACUACCGCGGCGAUCGGACCCGAAACACGAGGUGGGUGUUAUAUUAUAAGGGUGACGGGAGGAAGAGAGCUAAGGACGAGAUCCAAAGAGGAUUAAACCCAAUAAUCAAAUGAUGAUCUCAUUACGGAUAUAUAAAGAGAAUUAAAUAAAGUAGUGUGAUUAAGCGGGAGCGAGAGAGGGCGGACCACACGCCCCUUAUUCUCUGUCUUCUCUCUUCGCGCGUUCGUCCCUCUCUUGGUCUCUCUCGCUGAGGUGGAGAGAUUUACUUUUCCGGCGUGUAGAUUGUGGAAUGUAAACGCGUACAGAGAGACGUCGAGAGGGGGAUGACGCGUAUUCCAAAAAUGCCGAGAGGGUAAGGGGACGAGGACGACACGGUGGAGACAGGGGAGCAAAUUUGUGUAUGUAUAGAGAAUCUUAAUAUGAACCUAAUCUAAAUAUGAACUCGCACAGUAAAAAGUAAGUCGAUGUUUAUAAUAAUUAAAGUAGAUAAUAUUGAUAGACCGAGGAUCGCAGCAUCUUGAUUGGCUAGCUGCGACUCCCGUGGACAGUUUUCAAAUGAUCUCCGGUAGCUUAGCUAUUAGUGGACGUCCCCGUCUAUGGGGGAACGCCUUUCGCGACACAUCGGGAGGAGCAUGUCCCUCUUUCCCUUGUGUUGUUCUUUCUAACUCUUUGUCUAUCCUUCUCUUUCCUUCUUUCCUCCGUUUCUAUCUCUUCGGUCCCUUCUCUUUCGCCGAAACUGUCGAUUCUUUUUCAACUUCAACUUUAUCUGCAAUUUUCUACGCGAUUUUUCUCCCUCCGUUUUUUCUCACCUCUCCGCUUCGCAGUUCCAUGUUUAUCGACGUUGGUUCUCUUCGCUGUUCUGUUUGUGCGCGACGUGUGUAGCGUAACGUAAUCUCUGAUCUCGAACUUAGCGUGUAUCGAAUUAGAAUCGCAUGUGUUGUGUUCGCUCGACAAUCUGGAGUCUCAAUUUUCACGGCCAAGCACAGGCCGAGAGCCUUCUCGUUUUGUGACUUUUUAUGAUGUUUCUUAAAGGAGGAACGACGGGAAAGGGAUACUCGGAGAAGUGAGUUGGGGAAGAGGAAACGUUGCAUCCUUGAGUUGAGUUUUUUUUUUCUCGUUCAAUUUUUACAGAUUGUCGAGACUAAAACUAUAUCGAGGCUGCUAUGUACGGUCGUCCCUGCGGGCCGGCGCUUUCUCUUUUCCCCCGAGUGCAAAGUCUGUUGCGUCUUUUCCUUUGUCUCCCUGAUAUUGAUAAGGAUGACCAUGACGUUUACUCCGUCGAAGUAUUCCAGUGUGUAGGUCCAUAAUAUUUAUUUAUAGGCAAUAUAAAGUUUUUUCUACCAUUUCUAAGUAGAAUCGCGUUUUGGGCGUUAAAUACGAUACGCGAAAAAGAGGCACACAUAUAUUACUGCCACUAUGAGAUAAGUAAAUCUUUGUCGGGCGCUUUUUUGCGGGAGCGACUUUGUCGAAAGUCAAUAAAUAUAUGUAUUGAUGUGCGCGCGCGCACGUAAUUUCUAAAGAUGAAAGUAGUUAGUGUCGUUGACAGAGGCAUGUACGAGGAUUCAGAACGCGCUGCCAGGAGAGCAUCACACAUGAUGGCGAAAAAAAAAAAAUAAUAAUAACAUGGCUUUCACGGCCUUAUCUUUUACUCAAUACGCGCAGAUUUUAGAGUCUUCGUGUCUUCAUCGUGUAGCGCUUCAUUUUCUUGUCGUGUUUUCGCGCGAACGAACCACUCUCCUUACCUUCAAGAACAGAUAAUCUACUUCCGGGACGCGGGUCUCACUCGUAUCCAGCAAUGUUAUUUGGUGAAAUUAGAUUGCCGCGGAAACAUUUGAUUACAUUUCUUAAGUAUAAUUAAUUAGUCUAGUUUAUUAUACAUGACAGAAAAGUAUAAUAUUAUAACCCCGAAUACAUACGUGUAUAAAGUUGCGUAGAUGUUAACAAAAAGUACUGAGACUAGAAAAUGACGAUAAAAAAAAUAAAAAAAAAAAAUUAUCGAGAUUAGAAAAAAAUAUGUAUUUUUAUAAAUGCUUAAGAAGUUUUAAGUCGAAUCUUUCAGGGGAUUCUAAUUUCACUGUUUAUUACAUUUUUUUUUUUAUAGAAUCCGUUACACAACGAGAAUUUAAUUGAAGAACACCAAUGUUUGCACCAAUCAAAUUGUAUUCUACAUUAUCAUGAUUAUAAUUUUUUGCUACUACAAUAAUGUUUAUUAGUAAUAUUAACAGACUUGUGCAACGAGUUCCCAAAACACACUCUUUCGGAAUGUUGGCUUUCAUGUAAUCGGCGCGUAAAAAUUGUCAAAAUUUGAUUAGAUUCAAAAUUUGAAUAAUAUUUGUGCCGAUAAUUGUUAAUAAAUCUCGCACUGUGCUUCACAACACUGACAGCCGUCGCGAGAAACUUGUCUGGAUCCGACGCGUGGUGAUUCGCGCUUCCCGUUUUCGCCGGUAGAAUCUCCAAUCUUCGAUCGGGUUUCCUCUGUGCAGCUUGCUCCUUUCACGGAGAGAGCACGCAAAGGUACAAUAUUAACGUGUAUACAUAUAUAUAUAUAUAUAUAUAUAUAAAUAGAUAGUGUAUUGCGAGGAGAGUGAGCUAUACUCGGUCUCGCGAAGGUUGUUGCAUUCCGACCAAAGGGAAAAAUUCCCGUUUUCCUGCAGCGCGGUGAAACGAGGCGCAAGACGGCCUAAAAAAAAGAAAAAAAAACAAAAAACAGGUCGCGGCCACUUAUACAUACAUGAUUCUUUUAUUACGUAGAUAGGGAAAGGCAGAGCGAAUCCGCAAACGCCUCCGUCGUUCGGCCCAAGGGCGGAUUACACAUGUAUAUGUCGGAAAAAAAAUUGAAAGUGAGAAAACACACGGCAUAAAUGUACAUAGUCGCUUCUUUUGGGGCCGUAAAACGCAAUAAUGGACUACGGUUUUUUUCCCGGUAUAUUUCUUUUCACUAGGUUUUUGUUUGUUUUCUCUAGAUUAAUUGCUCUUCUCUCUGUAGAAGCAUUUAGGUAGUAGUCAGCCAUAUUGAG